ACAUAGUGUCUCAUAUGAUCACAGUACAUUUGCAAGGACUUGGCUUCGAGAUCCGAUGUAGGUUGUGCGAGAAAACGUUCACAACGGAACGCAAUUUAAAGCGACAUAUGAAUCAGUUACAUAAUCCGGAUGUUGAGUAUCCCACGUGUAAUGAUUGCCAUAAGACCUUCCGAGGAAAACAGUCCUUAAUAGCUCAUAUACAAUCAGUACACAACGCCAUCGAAAGGGACGUUGUCAAAUGUCAUUUGUGCGAAAAAGUUUACACGAAUAACAGAAAUUUGAAGAGACACAUCGAAAUGUUUCACGGCGAAAAGGGAGAGUUUAAAUGUGAUAUUUGCCCAAAAGUUUACACAUCCAAUCAAAGUCUUCGUCGACACGCUAGAACUAGACAUAGUUCGGAUAAUCAGGAGAAUUUGACUUGCAGUUAUUGUUUUAAAGUUAUUAUAGGAAGGGAUAAUUAUGAAACCCACAUACAAUAUCACCAUCAAACAUCGGAAAUUGAGUCUCGGAACGCUGAAUAUCAAUGCGAAUCUUGCGACAAAUCAUUCGAUGAUGAACCUUCGUUGAGACAACACGUUAAACAGGAACAUUCUUUUAAAUCAUUUUACAAAUACUGCAAAAAGUCGCUUUUAAAACAAUACGGAAUGGAUUCUCAUAAUAUAUAUUCGUGUGAGUUUUGUGAGCAUUCGUUUUUGACUGUUUAUGAACUCAAAAAUCACAUGCGGGUCAACCAUGACACUGAAUAUUCGCUUUCAACUUGCAACGUGUGCUUUAAUAAGUUUUUCAGUAAAGAAACAAUGUCUGCGCACAAAACUGUUUGUCUUCCUCCUCCGAACGUGAACUCCUGUGAAUAUUGCGACAAAUUAUUCACAGAUAUCUCCAGUUUAGAGUUUCAUACGCGGAUUUUCCAUCCACAAGCCCAAAUCGCAGAUUCUAACAUAUCUUCAACGAAUAUCGACGAUGAUUCGAUUUCAUUCAAAUGUAAGCACUGUGACAGGAUCUAUUACAGUGAUCGGUCUUUAAAACACCAUAUUAAAUUGAAACACACAACAGAUGAGGAGGUCGAGUGUCAAUUAUGUGGGAAAAUCUGCAGCAACAAGUAUUAUUUGGCGUCUCAUAUCAAAAUUGUCCAUAACAACGACUCCUGGUCCCGUUGUGAGUACUGCGACAAGCAGUUUAAAUCCAAAAGAAAUAUAAGAAGGCAUGUUGAGUAUACACAUUUGGGAAUGCAACGGCAUAAGUGCGUUGAAUGCGAAACGCUGUUUAAAGAGAAACGAAGCUUAAGAAAACAUGUUAGAACUAAGCAUCCAAAUUCAACCGCAUUUCCUCAAUGCCAUAUCUGCCAGAAACGGUUCGAAUCUGCGAAAUCUUGUAAGAUACAUCUAAAGUUGUUACAUUCGUUUAAUAUGAAUACUUUCCCCUGCCAUCUUUGCUCCGUGUCCUUCAGCAGUAACGAAGCUCUGACGAUACACCUGCAAACGAAACAUCUAGCUGAAGAUCAGAUUUAUAAAUGUGAAGAGUGCAACUUAGUUUUCAAGGGACAGGAGAAAUUUGACGCCCACAAUGAAGUCUGCCAUGUGAAUUUGGUGCCGAAUAUUAAACAAAAAGUCUUGCCGCGCUGCAUUCUGUGUAUGAAGGACUUUAGCACGCGAAAAACUUUGAAGCGACACAUCAAGAAGUUCCACGUAGAUUUUGACGUAGACGAACUAGCGAACUUCGGAUCUCGUAGAAGAGUUUUCGCCGUGGACUGUGAAGAAUGCAUUAAGCGCUUCAACGAUGAAUUUUACAUCGAUAUUCAUAGCAAACUGAAACAUUUAGGUGACUCGAUUAUUUUUAAAUGCGAAUAUUGUUUAGAGUCUUACAAUUCGUUGGAAUUUGCUAUACAGAGGUAUAAAGUUGUCAAUUCUGAUGUUUCUAAAAGCAAAAUGAUUUUAAGCGAGCUAUGUACGGCGGAAAUGAGUGAAGAAGAAAACGAUAUAUCCAACUUUGGUGCGUUUCACGAUAUGUUACCUGAAAGUACUACUUUGGAUGUAAAAGUGAAAUUGGAAGACUUGAUUGAAACGAAAAUCAAGAUGGAACCUCCUUCACCUUAGAUUUUUAUAGUAUAGGUCGGUAAAUGAGCAGGCUGGUC